AUGAAGUCCUUCACCCUGUCCUUCCUUCUAGGCCUAACCAGCCUCACCAACCUCGCAACAGCCCGCACUGACCUGGAAGGCUGCGUUUCCUCGGAAAUCGUGAUUGACUACUACGCCAGUUACCUCUGGUACGUCCAAGACACUGGCGAAAUCUGCUCGUUUCUCGACUGUGGUGGUGGUCGCGCGCCUCCGAAGACCGACAAGCCCGGUUGUGGAGGAUACCACGGCACCGCUACGGUCACGCCGGAUUAUAUUUCGGGCUGGGGUCCCAAUGGCAAGCAGGCUGCUUCUACGACGACUGUUGCCGCGACAACUUCUGCUUCUGCUGUGACUGCGACUGCGAUUACGACUUCUGCUUCUCAGUCGGAGGAGUCGGACUCUUCGUCCUCUUCGUCUGGUUCUUCGGCUGCCUCUGCUUCCGCUACUGGUUCGGAGACUCCUGGUAUCACUGCUGCGCCAUCUAGCUCGACUGCUGCUUCGAUGACCACUGCUUUGUCUAGCUCGGAUGCGAACUCGACUUCUGCCGCGGCGAGCAGCACUCCUACUGGCAAUGCUGCUGUCAUGCCUGCAUCCAAUGUGCUUGGCGUUGUUGCUGGCAUGGCCGCUAUGGUCGGAGCUAUGGCUCUGUAA